AUUGGCGGACACCUGAACUCAGGGAUAUUGCUGCGUCCAAAAUGGCGUCUUAAUAAUUUGCGUCGUUUGAUUAGAUAUUUUCAGUAGGGCAAGUGUCAUCUUAAGUUGUUUUUACUAUAAUAAUGGCAUAUCAACAGCAGACAGUCUACGUCCAGGGGCCCCAGGGCCAGUUGCAGGCACAACCCCAGUAUGUCCACGUCCAUGGUCAGCCUUCAACACUUGCAGGUCAAGUUGUUGCGCAACCCCAGACCGCUCCUGCUAAUAACCAACGUAGAGGAAGAGAAAACUUUGCAAAGGAGUCACAGAAAAUAUGCGGGAUAAUCCAGAUUGUUCUUGGUGUCCUUGCCAUGGUAAUUGGAGGGACCAUGAUUUCUCUCAGUCUCAACGCAGGUUCUGGCAUCGCCGUGGUUGGGACUGGGAUAUGGUGUGGUGUCUUCAUUAUCAUUGCUGGAAGUUUCGGUGUUGGGUCUGCCUACUCUGAGACAACAGGACUCAUUGUGACAUGCAUGGUGAUGUCCAUACUGGCCAGCCUCUUUGGGUUCAUCUUCUUCAUCAUGUCUGCUAUUGCAUGCGGGAUCGAUGAUGCAUGGCAUUGGGGUGAUGCUUCUUUAAACAAUGGUCGAGUUGCUGUGGAUGUCAUUGGAAUCCUUGUUGGCCUGUCCGAGAUUGUCGUCAGUGUGAUUCAGUCUGCAAUUUGUUGCCGUACAACAUGCUGUGGUGGACCUAAACCUCCACCAACCAUUGUGUACGUUCCACAGCCGUUUCCAGCGCAGUAUUCCCUGCAGACUCAAGGCACCGUCCAGGCAACUAACAUCCCUGCUGUGAUUCAACCAGGCGGUGCUGUUUAUCCUGCUGUCGGACAUGCAGGGGCACAACAGGGGUAUGCCCCGCAACAAGGAAAUGUCCCACAGCAAGGGUAUGCCCAGCAACAGGGGUAUUCACAGCCAGGUCUCAUGCAGGAUGGGCAGCCAACAGGAGCAUCAGCAGCACCACCCCAGUACAGUCUGCAAGGACCGGUCCCACCAGCCUACUCGGAGAAGCCACCAGCCAGCUACCCAGAUAAUUGAACACCUCACACAGCUUAUGGUUGUGACUUCACCUUCAAAAGCGCCCUCGAUACAGAAAUGCAGUCAUCUUCAUUUGUGUCGAGCCAACAUUAAAUAAACUCCUCCUUUAAUAUAAUCUAAUCUAGGAAGUAACAAAUAACAAACUAAAGAUAACAUAAUUGAGGUACUUUUUACAAAUGGGCGGGCAUGUUUCCCCGAACAUGUUUGUAGUGUCGUGUUGCGCCAUGUUGUUACAUACAUUUUAGGAGAUUAUGGAAGACAAGAUGCACUCGUAGUCUUACAGGAUAGCACAAAAAUGUCUGGUUUGUAGUUUAUGCAAUAUUAUGUGCCUUACAGAGACCAUUUGCUGCUCGAGCUUCAUCGCUAAUCAUUCCGAUUAUAAAGAUGGCUGUGUUAUUAGUGCGAAAGCUGCCAGUUCGUUGUAGUGUAUUUUGACUGUGACUUCUGAACUGUGUUGUGAGUUGUACCUUCUUCUCUGUGAUAGACCAGUGUUUAAAACAUUUACCGUAUUAAAGAUGCUUUCUAUGUACUAAUUGGUACCACUGUAUAGUAUAAGUUCCUGUCCGUCCUAAAGCUUAGUUGGGGCCUUAUACUUUCCUCUGUUCAGUGAUGCUGGCAAUGAGCAAUGGAUGCAAGUGACCCUCUGGUAUGUUAGGAUGUUCCCCUCUUGAUUGAUGUAACCUCUUCACAAUACUGUGUGACUGAUCUCCUUGAGAUAUGAACUUCUGUUCCAAUAAUGAAUCUGUCAGAUUAGCUUAGUCCUUAGGGUGGGGAAAACUUUCAGCUCUUAUGGGUCGAAAAUCAUUGGACACUUCUUUCAGGCAUAUCUUUUUGAGGCGGACAGAUGGGGGUCAAUCACUUUGAGAUAAUUGAAUGAAGUAUCCAGAUUUGAAGAUUUGGAAGUGGUUUUAGAUACGUAUAUCUGCCAGUGCAGUGAUGUGUUCAUGCUUCAAUUAGUUCAUGAUCAGCUCUGCAUGUUCUAUUUUAGGGACAGACACAGUUAUUCUGUUGUAGUGUAAUUUAUUACGGGGGUUUUAUAACAAAAGGAACUUCCUCAUUGCCCAUUGAAGGUUGUACUGUAUUUUCCAGUAUUGGAUAAAUCAAAAACCAUAAGAAGGAUAGGAGAGCAGAUCUAACUAUUUUAUCACAUUGAUGUUAAUGAUAGCUGUAUUUUUUGGUCAUAUGUAAAGGCCAGUUUUAACUUAAUGUGCAGAUUUAUUUAAUGCUUAAAAUAAAAAGAAAUCUAG